GGAGGCGGAAGAGUCUCUGGGCUCUACGCUCGGGAGACCCGGGACUGCUGAGGGGCUACCCCGGGGCACAGGAAAGGGCCGCUGGGGCCGACGGGCGGCGCUCCGGGUGUCAGGGCCGCGGGCCUGAGGGAUGAGGAGGGGCCAUGGCCAGCGACGGCGUCAGGAAGCAGUUCUGGAAGCGCAGCAACAGCAAGGUCCCGGGCAGCAUCCGGCACGUGUACGGAGCGCAGCACCCGCCGUUUGACCCGCUGCUGCACGGCACCUUGCUGAAGUCCACGCCCAAGGUGCCGACCACCCCGGUCAAAGCCAAGAGGGUCAGCACCUUCCAGGAGUUUGAGAGCAACACCAGUGACGCCUGGGAUGCCGGGGAAGACGACGACGAGCUGCUGGCCAUGGCAGCCGAGAGCCUGAACACCGAGGUGGUCAUGGAGACGGCCCACCGUGUCCUGCGUGACCACAGCCAGCGGCAGGGACAGCACAUGGCACAGGAGGCACCGGCUCCCGAGGCAGAGCCGCCCGCAGCCCCAGCUAGUGACCUGCGGCUGGUGAAGUCUGUCAGCGAGAGCCACACGUCCUGUCCUGCAGAAAGUGCCAGUGGCGCGGCCUCUCUGCAAAGGUCCCAGUCUCUCCCACACUCGGCCAGUGUCGCCCUGGGUGGGACGGCUGACCCAAGCACCCCUGGCAGCUCAGCGCUGAGUGAGAGGGAGGCCUCUCGGCUCGACAAGUUCCAGCAGCUGCUUGCCGGCCCCCACACAGACCUCGAGGAAUUACGGAAGUUGAGCUGGUCCGGAAUCCCGAAGCCAGUCCGCCCAGUUACCUGGAAGCUUCUCUCCGGUUACCUUCCUGCCAAUGCAGACCGAAGACCAGCCACUCUGCAGAGAAAGCAGGAAGAGUAUUUUGCUUUCAUUGAACACUACUAUGACUCCAGGAACGAUGAAGUCCACCAGGACACCUACAGACAGAUCCACAUCGACAUCCCUCGCAUGAGCCCCGAGGCGUUAAUACUGCAGCCCAAGGUGACGGAGAUUUUUGAAAGGAUUUUGUUUAUAUGGGCGAUCCGUCACCCUGCCAGUGGAUACGUUCAGGGCAUAAAUGACCUCGUCACUCCUUUCUUCGUGGUCUUCGUUUGUGAAUACAUAGAGGGGGAGGAUGUGGACAGUGUGGACAUCUGCAGCGUGCCCGCCGAGGUGCUGCGCAACAUCGAGGCCGACACCUACUGGUGCAUGAGCAAGCUGCUGGACGGCAUCCAGGACAACUACACCUUUGCCCAGCCUGGGAUUCAGAUGAAAGUGAAAAUGCUGGAGGAGCUCGUGAGCCGGAUUGACGAGCAAGUCCACCAGCACCUGGACCAGCACGAAGUGAGAUACCUGCAGUUUGCCUUCCGCUGGAUGAACAACCUGCUUAUGAGGGAAGUGCCUCUUCGCUGCACCAUCCGGCUGUGGGACACCUACCAGUCUGAACCCGAGGGCUUCUCGCAUUUCCACUUGUACGUUUGUGCGGCUUUUCUCGUGCGGUGGAGGAAAGAAAUACUAGAAGAAAGAGAUUUUCAAGAGCUGCUGCUCUUCCUGCAGAACCUGCCCACUGCCCACUGGGGCGACCAGGACAUCAGCCUGCUGCUGGCCGAGGCCUACCGCCUCAAGUUCGCCUUCGCCGACGCCCCCAAUCACUACAAGAAGUGAGCCUGGCCCGCUGCCAGCGGCUGCCGUGGGCCCCCGGGGACGGGGGCCUUGCUGGGCGGCCCCGCCCUGCCGGCACUGGCCAGGCCCAGACCCAGGCCCAGGGUCCGUCCAGGGCUGGCAGGGACGGGCCGCCUGUUUCUGAGAUACCAAAGAGAGCCAGGGAGGGUCCUGGCUUUGGGGCUGAGGUGCGCCCCUUCGCCCGCCCAGCAGCGUCCUUGCCAAAUGCCCGCCUCCUGAGGUGCCGGUCGGCGGACCCGGCCGGAGGGGCCGGGGCAGAGGGAGGCGUCGCCGCCUGGUACCUUGUCUGAAACGCGAAACUUGAUCUGUUGAGUGAAAGAAUAAAAUACAGACGAAACGCCACGUGAGACUGCCCUCGGCGGAGAGCCCACCCUUUCCCGUGCUGUGUUCUCUCCUGGCUGGAACAUGCUAGAAUGCUGAUGGCCAGGGUGGGAUCCAGGAGUGGCCCCGGGCCCCGAGGAGUGGGUGGGCGCUGUGAGGCCACUCCCAGCUGCCAUACUUUGCACUCUGACCUCUUAGAGGGCUCAGCCCCGGGGGGUGUGUGUCAGGUAGGGCCCGGAGCGGCUGUUCUCACGGAGCCCUGGGCACUGGCUGCAGGCCGGCAGGCGGGCAGGGUGUGGCGCCCGCAGUGGCCUGUGUGUCCCCCACCCCUCCCCGGCCCCCGCGGCCUAGCUGCCCUUUGCCAGAUCUGCCCAGCCUGCCUCGUGGAGACUCACCGGCUCCUGGGGCCCUGCCAGGGCUGCGUCUGCUGCUCCAGGGGCUCGGGGCUUGCUUCCCCUGCAUCCCCCAGGCCCGUCGCAGGCUGUGUGGCCUGCGCUGACACCGACACCUGCCCGUGAGGCCGCAGCCUCGGCCCCUGGGACCCUGAGCCAGGACAGCUGCCGUCCUCAGGAACCUGUUGUCACCAACACCCCUCAGGAGCAGCCACACCCCCUGCCCGGCCCAGCACACCAGCUGGAGGCUGUGAGUGUGGGGGCACGUGGCGUGCGCGUAUUCCUGCUCCUGGGGAGAAGUCUGGUCGUUACAUGCAGCGUAGCAAUGAGCACAGCCCCACCCUCUGCCCCUCCCCGGGACUGGGGUCCGGCCAUCCCAGCGCCCAGGACUCCCCGUCUCACUUAGCCGAGAUGGGCCCUGGGAGCUCCCCCGCCCUCGGAUCACCGCGGCUGUGCAGGCCUGUGCCCCGGGCAGCGGGCCCCACAGGCAGGAGGGCCCCACACCGGUGGGCUGGGUCCGGGCACCUUCCCGUGGCGCUCGGGACGUGGACGAGCGUCCUGUGUCCACGCGGGGCGGGGGGAGUGCUGGAGGCGAGCUGUCUGAAAUGCCGUGUCCUGGAGACGUGGAAUAAAGGUGCAGUCGCGAA